GCCUUUACUCUCCGUGGAUCGAUUUCUCUUCGCGGACGGCGGAUUGCCCAAACCUCGACUACCGCCGUCAUCGCCGACUGCUCUCUCCCUCUCUAUCUCUCUCAGAUUCGUCGAGAUGUUCCUCACCAGGACCGAAUACGAUCGAGGUGUCAACACUUUCUCUCCCGAGGGGAGGUUGUUCCAGGUCGAGUACGCCAUCGAGGCCAUCAAGUUGGGCUCGACUGCCAUUGGGUUGAGGACGAAGGAAGGCGUAGUGCUUGCGGUCGAGAAGCGCGUGACCUCGCCCUUGCUGGAACCAAGCAGUGUAGAGAAGAUUAUGGAGAUUGAUGAGCACAUAGGUUGUGCAAUGAGUGGACUGAUAGCUGAUGCACGAACUCUUGUAGAGCAUGCCCGUGUUGAAACUCAGAAUCAUAGGUUUUCAUAUGGUGAGCCUAUGACUGUUGAGUCCACUACCCAAGCACUGUGUGAUCUUGCUCUUCGAUUUGGUGAAGGAGAUGAAGAGUCCAUGUCACGACCUUUUGGGGUAUCUCUUCUGAUUGCUGGUCAUGACGAACAUGGACCCAGCUUGUACUACACAGAUCCGUCUGGCACAUUCUGGCAGUGCAAUGCGAAAGCAAUUGGUUCAGGAUCCGAAGGAGCUGAUAGCUCUCUUCAAGAGCAGUACAACAAGGAUCUAACCCUUCAAGAAGCUGAAACCAUAGCACUUUCCAUCUUGAAGCAAGUCAUGGAAGAAAAGGUGACUCCAAAUAAUGUGGACAUUGCAAAGGUAGCUCCCACUUAUCAUCUCUAUACACCUUCUGAGGUGGAAGCUGUCAUUGCUCGCCUAUAAAAUGUUUGGCGAUGUACUCUUCCUCGCCCAUUUUUCUCUCCAUCUCAACAUAUUUGCCAGAGUACGCACCAUUAUUUGCUUGGAUGCUGUUAGUACUUGUGUUUUGGUUGCUUAGUAAUGGAAUUAUCAUUCAGUAAACAACUCUGUGAAUGAUCGAACUGCUACUUUUGUUUCUUAAGAGAAAACAAGUAUUCAAGCUUUGACGGCUGGUGAAAUGUCAUGGUAUUGCCUGUUGUAAUUUUGAUUUUUGGGACGAAUGGAUUUCUCGUUGUGUUAA